AUGGACAAUUCGGAUCCUCUCCUCACUCCACCUUUCCACCUUUCCACCGCAUUCAAUCUCACCAUCGCCCGCGGUAGUCACGUCAAUCCUCCCAAAUAUCGCUGUCCACGCUGCGCAACACGAACCUGCUCCCUCCCAUGUUCCCGCCGCCACAAGCUCUGGUCUCAAUGCUCGGGUGUUCGUGAUCCGGCCGCUUACCUGAAGCGAAGUGAGCUCGCCACCGAGGUGGCCUUUGAUCGCGAUUUCAACUUUAUCACCGGGAUCGAGCGUACAUUAGAGCGUGCGGAGCGAGACGCGGAAAAUCGAGGAAUUGACCUAAAUCGGGGACAAGUCGUUGAUGGAGAAGACUCUCUGGAUGGCGGUGCUGGGGCUGCAAGUGCGGGUGCGAGUGCAGGUCAGAAAAGAAAACGUCCUGCACAGGGCUUGGUGAAAGGUGAAGCUGGGUUUUUGCGUGGCGCUGAGGCUGGCGCGGUAAAGGUUUUGAGAGCGCCACGGGGCAUGUCGAGGAAUACACAGAAUACGUCUCGUUGGCAUCCAAAGCACAAGUGUCUUAGUUGGACGGUGGAAUGGAUCUCGGCAACUGGAGAGAAGACCAUCCGGAAUGCGCUUGAGACUUAUCAGAUCUCCGACGCUUACGACCGUGCUUUCCCAGUCCCAAAGGAUGAGAGGCCUAAUGCAGAUGUGAAGAAAGACAAUGAGGCGUCUGGGACAGAAUCACUUGCUGGGCAGACGUCGCCCGAAGCAAAGACAUCGGCAGAAGUGUCGGCACAGGAGCCUGAUGAGGUCGAAUCCGUCGAGGGGAAAGAACCGGAUGGAUCUACGGAAACGGCUCAGAAGAGCAACUCGAGCCCCCCGAUUCCUCCUCACCGCAAUCUCUACUUCUACCUUCACUGUCCAAGAACCUCAACGAAAAGACCGGUCAUUGUCUCCCUCUCACCAUCUGACACACUGAACACGAUACUACGAGAUCGAACGGUCCUUGAGUUUCCUACAGUCUAUGCCCUCCCGGAAUGUGCCCAGUCAAUGCUGGAAUCCAAGGAGACAUGUCCAUUCAUACUGGAAGAGGAGUAUCUACGCACGGCUCCACCGGAGGAAACAAAAGGCGAAGCGUCAGAGUCAGAUGAAGACACACCAGAAGUAUCAGCCGGAUCUAACGGGGACGCUUCUGGCGUGAACAUAGAGAAUGUGGAUGAGAAGACCGUGAUGGAGGUUUUGAAGCAGGACUUGUUCGAGCCUGUCUCAUGA